AUGCGGGUGCCACCUGAGGCCCGCGUGGCCACCACCUGCUCGUGUCUGGGAAGUGCCUUCCCGGCACCUUUUACUGGCACUUGUGUACAGCCCCUUCUGGGAAGCAUGCGAUGCUCGAGUCUCCUUGCUGCUUUGGUAACUGAGGACCACAGCUGCGGCUGGUAUCAGCACAGUUCUCUCACCAUCGAUAAGCUUACUUCACAGAAACCCAGAAAGGACAUGCAGGAGAGACGAGCAGCACCAGACUGCGAGGCGCUGCGUCAGUACUUGUGGGUCCGAGAAAGCAUCCUUCCCUGCCGCGGAAGCCAGGGCUCUACUGGAGACACCGCACCAGUGUGGUAUGAGGUCCACAGGAGCCCUUGCGGCCACACAGCACUGCACCACAGCGCUGUUCCCGGACGGAGCCACAGCCGCGCCGUUGAGGCCGUUCUACCAUCCCAGCGGGAUGGCGGCUUCUGGGUGCGCGAUGCGGGGCAGGGCAUACCGCGGCCUCGCGGCCUGCGUGUCGUUGCUGCCCAGACACAGGUCAGCCCGCGGCUUCUGAAGGACCGGGGUCGCGGCCGGGUCCUCGGCUCCCACCCGUCUCCCGACUCUUGCCCCCGCCCCGCCCCUGAGGCCCGGUCAUCGGGCGCUCGACGCUCGGUCGCGCGGCCGAUCGACACCCUCGGCGCUCCGACGGCGGAAGUGAGGGUGCAGGCCGCCGGCCGCCGCGGCGCGGGGCCCUGUCCGUGCCGUCCUGCAGGUAGGUGUGCGGGCCAAGGCCUUGGAGAGGCCGCCGGGGGCGCGGGCGGCGGGCGAGAGGGCCGGCAACUGCCGUCAGGCCCGUGUCACUGCAGCCCGGACUGUUGGGGUGCAGCUGCGGGCGUCCUGGAGCCCCAGCCCCGCCUUCCAGGGAACCGAGAGGGUCCUGGAGCCCCGGCCCAGCUUUCUGGGCAGCUGCGGGCGUCCCGGAGCCCCAGCCCGGCUGACCCGGGGACCGAGAGGGUCCUGGAGCCCCGGCCCAGCUUCCUGGGCAGCUGCGGGGGUCCCGGAGUCCGGCCCCUCCUCUCUGCUAGCGCCCCUGGAGCGGGCUGA